UGUGCCAUUAUUCCACUGAACUGAGCUCCAUGAGAGAUGAUUCCACAAGGUGAGGUCCGCCGUGAGGGGGCGUGGUCGUGGCCAGCAACAUGAGGGAGCAGCCGCGGCCAGCGCUGCCUGACUCCGACGCGCCCAAGCCCCGGCCAAGGCCGUUCCCCUCCUGGACCGACCAGAUCCCUGGGAGAAGGUGGGGAACUGCAGGGCAUACGGCCGGCUGGGUGAAGCGCCGCUUCGCCCGUGAUGUCGCAGGAGGGUCAUGCAGCACGGCGGCCGCCGUUUCUGAUAAGGAAGCUCAAAGGAAGCAAGACUUCAACAAAAAUCUCUAAAUGCAUUCCAAGCUUCUGUAAGGCGUACGUCAUUUCAAAGGGAAAACUGUCAUUCGUGCACUCUACACCUGAUGCCUGCGAAACAGCCAAGACCAUAUCUUCUUCAACUAUUUCUUCUCCUAGCUCCGGAAGCCUUUCCACUGCGCCCUCAGGUAAUACUCAAGUCUGCAUUUGAUUUUGGUUUCUGAAAAUUGUUGAUUACACCUAUCAACUGAAUACAAACAAAAAAAAGUGUAUUAGAGUGUUACUAACUAUUCUGUCUACAGCAGAGUGGGCUGACAGAAAUGGAACGUCAGCUGUAUUAUUCCGCCAGUCAUCUCUGCCAUCGCAACGUGAUCACACACUCGUAAAUAUAAACAGGUCAAUCCUGAAGCUAGCCCUUCAGGCAGUGCUGGCAGCGAGAUCUCUUACCAUGCUGAUACAACCCUGAAGACAAAUUCACAAUCAAUCACAUC